UGAGGUCAAGUCUUCAUCAUGUUUAGUUUGGCAAGAAUUCCCUUUUUACAAGGAAGAAUUUCAAAAACAAAAAACCCUCCCUCUCCAUAGGAGCAGCUGGGAAACUUUUGGCUGCCUGCUAGGAGUGUAUUUGUAUCGCUGCUAAGCCUGAUAUCAAAGCCCGCUGGAGGACCCAGUCCGCGAGUCUCUGCAAUGCACAGCUGGCCUGAAGGAUACUUCGGAGCUGUAUGUCACACCAAAUCAAUUCCCUGCCAUUGCCACGAGCCCCCAUAUUUCUCUGCCUGUGGUCUCCUUUAGUCUAGUACAGAUUACUGGCCUCAGUACCGAGGUAACUGGGCGGGGUUUCGUGGCCCGAUAUGCAGGAGGUCAGCCUAGGUGGUCUGGGGGUCCCUUCUGGCCUUAGACGCUCGGACUUUGAUGCACAGAAGAGAGGUGUGGUGGAGGGGAAGCUGAGCCCAUCUUCAUCAGGCCUUUCUGAGCCAUUGCUCUUUGAUCCUGCACGAGCUAUUGCUUAGACCUAGUUAAAUCCCGCUUUGGCCCUGCUGCAUCCCAUUACGUCUGUUACUCCCUGGCUCCCCUUUGAACUUCCUAGGUCCCCCGUUAGUUCCUGCCGCCUACGCUGCCCCUGCUGUGUCAGUGAUCAGAUCGUGUGGAACUCCUUGGCUCCCUGGUUUAAAACUGUAGCUUGGCUGGUGCAAGUUGGGUGCUGUGCUCCACGCCAGAGAUGGCUGCAUUUCAGUGGUGGUGAGGCAGCACAGCCUGUAAAAUGCUUUGACGUAGCUUUUCCUGGGAUGCAAGGAAGUGCAGCAACACAAGUUGCUACAAUGAACAGAGGCUGAUGUGUCUAUUGCUCUUCACACGACACCAGAACAUGGAGGCACCGCAGGGACACAGCUGGGUCACAAAGAAAAUGCUGCAAGGAGCCAUCGGGAGCUUUCUCCUGGUUGUUCUGACUGCUCCAAGGAGCUUUCCAGCAGAGAACCUGAUGUGCGCCUGUGAUGAGCAGGGGCAGCCCUGUCACAAUGCCACCUGCUUGGGGAAGGUGUGUUUUGUGAGCAAAGCCCUGGAGAACGGGAAGGCCAUCCAGACCAAGGGCUGCCUGAGUAACCAUAUCCUGGAAAACUGCCGGAGUCCGGCCAUGGAAGAAUACGCCAUGAACUGCUGCAGCUCCAACAUGUGCAAUGAGAACCUCACUGUCCUCCUGAAAGGCCAGGAGCAGCCCAAAGAACCUGCCUCUCUGAAGAACCUUCUCCUGCUGAUCCUCGUCCCCGUGCUGGCCCUCCUCGUGCUCGUCACGCUCAUCACGCUCUCCUUCUGGAAGCUGGCUCAGCACCGCAGGAAGCGGCUUCUCAUCAGACAUGAUGACUUGGGGGACACAGACAUCAUGCUGAAAGCCUCCAUGGUUGGAGACAGCACCUUAGAGGACCUGCUGAACGAGGACUGCACCACGGGCAGUGGCUCCGGGCUGCCCUUUCUUGUUCAGAGAACUGUGGCUCGGCAGAUCGCUCUGGUGGAAUGCGUAGGGAAAGGGCGCUACGGGGAGGUCUGGCGCGGCGUGUGGAACGGGGAGAACGUGGCCGUGAAGAUCUUCUCCUCCCGGGACGAGCAGUCGUGGUUCCGCGAGACGGAGAUCUACAACACGGUGCUGCUCAGGCAUGACAAUAUCCUGGGCUUCAUCGCCUCUGACAUGACGUCCAGGAACUCUAGCACCCAGCUCUGGCUCAUCACUCACUACCACGAGAACGGCUCACUCUACGACUACCUGCAGAGGACGGUGCUGGACACCCAGACCUGCCUGAGGCUGGCCUGCUCCAUCGUCUGCGGCCUGGUCCACCUGCACGUGGAGAUCUUCGGGACCCAGGGGAAACCAGCCAUCGCUCACCGGGACCUGAAGAGCAGGAACAUCCUGGUGAAGAACAACAUGCAGUGCUGCAUCGCAGACCUGGGGCUGGCGGUCAUGCAUUCCCAGGGCAGCGACUACCUGGACAUCGGGAACAACCCUCGGGUUGGCACCAAACGCUACAUGGCCCCCGAGGUCCUGGACGAACACAUCCGUACCGACUGCUUCGAAUCCUAUAAGCAGACAGAUAUCUGGGCAUAUGGUCUGGUGCUCUGGGAAAUCACCAGGAGGACGGUUGUUAAUGGGAUAGUGGAGGACUACAGGCCUCCUUUCUUUGACAUGGUGCCAAGCGACCCCAGCUUCGAGGAUAUGAAGAAGGUGGUUUGCACUGACCAGCAGACGCCCAGUGUCCCUAACCGGCUGUACUCUGUCUCGAUUUUGUCCGCCCUGGCUAAGAUCAUGAAGGAAUGCUGGUACCAGAGCCCCUCUGCUCGGCUCACAGCCCUGAGGAUUAAAAAGACACUAAAGAAGCUGAGCAGCUCCCUAGAAAAACCCAAACAAGAUGAUUAACUGCGGGGAGCAGGCCCGAGAGCGCUGCGAUCGGGUUUCUGACUCGUUCAGGCUCUGAAGCAGCAGAGAAACCAAAGAGGUUCAAGGUCAUGAAGUUUAUGCUGCACGCAGGGAGGGGGCCAGGGCUCUUUGCGCAACUCUGAAACAAACCGGUUUUUCCCUCGAAGUCCAGCCCUGUUGUGGAAGGAGGAUUUUAAUUGGCCACCACUCCCCAGGGACCAUUCCAACCUGCUGCAGAAAAGCCCCACUGAGCAGCUGCCAGUUGCCCCGGCACGUCUUUCGCAGUCGCUCUCCAGUGUCCUCAGAGCUGUUUUUUUGGAGGUUUUUUUUUUAAUUAAAAAAAAUUCUCCCAGCCCAUUUAUAAAAAUACCCGCUGGGUCCGUGAGCUGACGCCAGCCUGUCUCGCGUGCCAGACGGGAACAUGAGUAGCAGCCCGCGCCCCGCCCUGCUCACAAGAGUGGGGCGUUGACUCUGGAAGCCACAUCAGGACCAUGUAAAAAGCAAGAGUCUCAGUUUAGCCUUUGAGAUCCUUUUGCACAUGGGCGAGUGUGCGUGCAUGUGCACAUGGGCGAGUGUGUGUGCAUGUGCACAUGGGCGAGUGUGCGUGCACGCAUGUCUGUCUGUGGGCACGUGUCAAAUAACACAGUAUGCACCCUGGAAUCACCAGGAGGCGAGCAGCAGCGCAGUGACUGGAACUGGGCUGUGAUGAACGCUCUGUGCUCAUUCGGGGGGUGCAGCUGAAGCCACUGGGGGAUGCACUAAUUUAGCAUCCUAUUGAGAACUAACGCUGCUCUCUACCCCAGUGGAGAGACCUCAGGGGACAGCCUGCCACCCCACCCUGGGGCUGAACCCCCCUGGGGCUGCAGGUGUCAUUUCUCCCUCCUGCGGUGGAGUUCUGGCCUUCACGUGCACCGGACUUUUACUGGUUGUCAUUCAGAGCGAGGUGAGGCUCUGUGCGGGAGGUGAGCCCGGGGGCUUUCUGAUUUACUUUCAUUUGUUUACACCAGGCAGGAAUUUGGUGCAAGCAGCCAUUUGGGGUCUAGUGCUAUCUUGACAUUUCCUGGGUUGUCCUGAUCUACCCUCUCCUGCCCCCAGAGGCAGGCGCAGAAGGGCAAGAAACACCCCUUCUUUCAGUGGGUCUCCCUCAUUUCCCCAGCGCGUCCAGCUACUCCAUCCCCACCAGCUGGCAAGCCAGCCCUGGCCAGCUUAAUCUCACUACUACCCAUGGCUGGAGAGGUGAGUUCCUGCCCCCUCCUCCAUCACUGACACAGCCCAGCCUGAAGGAAUCUGGGCUCUGCUCAGACCUGAGCUUCCCCGGUGAAUUUGGCACCAGCAGGGCUCCCCGCCCACAGCUCCCCCGUUGACAGCAGCCAGGAAUUCCCCGAUGGGUGCAAUGUGCAGCGUGUUUCUUGUAUUCUGCAAAGGACGGUACUGGGCUAAGUCCGGGUUAGCGUCCCCACCCCACCUCGCUGCUGCAGAUCCCAGACGCCCUGUUAGCUCAUAGAUACUUCCUGCCGUAAGGGUACUUUGGGUGCAUUCGCUUCUGUGGGAAGGGGAAUCACAUCAUCGUAUUCCAAGCAAACCUGCUAAAGAUGGGUCUGAGCCGUUGUGUCCAGCCCCAGCCUUGUCUCCUGUGGAGGCCUUUCCACCUGUGCACACUGGCCCUGCAACAUGGCCAUUCUGACGGAGUGUCUUUUCCCCCGCAUUUUGCACAGGUGGAAAUGACAACACGAGGUGAAAGGCGGGGCAGAAUAAGACCCCAGGUCUCCCUAAAGGCAGCCCAGACUUCCAGCCACUGGAGGGGCCCACCUGACACUCCCUUGUCUGUUAUAGACAGAGGAGCCCAGAGGGACACUCCAGGUCCGUAAGGGACGCAACGUAAGCCACAUUUUAGAGCCGCAUCUGAGCUCGCCCCGACUUUGGGGGGCUGUUUGGAAGCAGCGUUCUCAUCGGGGUCCCUCUCUGGUUUAUCCACAUCUGGAACUGUCUAGAGCUGGGACACCCCACCCCCUAAUGCUGCCCACAGCUGCCCUGCCGCUGUCCCAUGAGUGCAAGGACAGCGCUGAACAGCUGCGGGGCUCUAUUGCUGGUGGCUUCAGCUGCCCAGCUAUCAAGGAAGAUACAAGCAUGAGCAAAAUAGUGUGGCUGUGAGUGUUUGUUUUUGAUUAACAGAGCCAGGGCUCAGCCCGGAGAUAUUCUGAGCACCCUCAGCUCCCGUUGACUUCGCCUGGAGCCAAGGGCGCUCAGUGACUCACGGGGGCAGGUCCCUUGUUGAACAGAUAUGGGCAAAUUAAGGGCCUGGGCGUGCUCCCACUGCAGUCCAUGGGCAGUUUUACAACCGCUUUCCAUGGGGCGCAGCGGGACUGAGUCCCAGCCGUGGCCCACAGCCUCCUGGCAGGUUGUCAGUGCAGCCAAAAACCUCCCCCCCCGCCUUGUGUAUCUCACACAGCUCAGUCGUUCCUGGAGCUGGGACAUAAACGGCCCCAUUAGCACAGUGCUGUGACCAACCCUUAUUGAAAUCGGUGGCUCGUAGGCAUAGAUUAAUGAAAUACAUGUCUGUCUCUGUGUAUCCAAAGUAGCUCUGAUU